ACAAAAACGCUUGUCUGUGUAUCAUUAUAGCAUAGAGGAAGUGGGGUUGCUAAUAGCCUUUUCCCACCACAAUUAGUGGCUCUAUCCUGGGGGUUUUUUUUACACAUUGGUAGUCCCGCAAAACACAUUACACGUUACCGUCGCUAAAAUGCUAAAGCUACCUUUGGGAGACAUUUUGAAGUAACCUUUUCUUGAGAAACUUCGGACUGCCCAGUCUCUACUUCCGGGUUGGAUUUAUCAAGUCCUACAAAAUUGGCGGCACAAACCAGAACUCUUUCUAUGCACUCGGGAGUGUGACCAACCACAGCAGAGUGGGCGUGCCUGGAGGCGGGCUAUGGGUGGAACAGACUAUUUUCACAGGGAAGCACGAAAUCCAAACAUAUACAGCUGAAUAGGUGCAGAUUCUGGAAGAACUGGAACACUUUAUGUGCUGGUUAUUGUGUGUAGCUGCUCUAUAGGCGUCCACAACUCAAUACAAAGGACUGAAAAGGUAGCAUGGCAGGCCCCCUUUAAAGAAAUUACAAUAAAGCGAUAACCCGAGGCAGUUAUGGUUGCUUACCGCUAUCCAGUGGUCUCCUCUGAAACGUUACUUUGACCAACUGCUCCGCAUUUGUUGCCUUUUCAUUUCCAUACAGUUUAUGAAUUCACACGAUGACAGUUUGUUCUCCUUGAAAGUGUUCAAGGGCUCAAUAGCCACAUAGUCACCUGUGGCUACCUGGAUGAGAUACUGAAGCCCCUAGUCUUCAACAAUAUGGAUUGGUCUGCAGUCUCUGGCAACCUAUUCAGCAACUGCAUGGAUGCCCUGUGCUGGAAAAGGCAGAGCCAUCUCCCUCAGAAGGCUGCUGCAGAUCUUCUACUAGACUGUGAUAGCUAGCGCCCUCCUGUAGGCAGUUGUGUUCUGGGGGAGCAGCCUCAAGAAGAGGAAUGAACGCCACACGUCUGGGAAAAAAAACAGUGAGGAAGGCAGGCUUUGUCUUCUUUGAGCCCAUGAUGACAACAGCCGGAUGUGAGCUGGCUGACGUCUAUGGAAAUGUAUUCCGCUGUCAUUACGGCCAUCAAAAGUUCGUGUUUGUGUGCAGCUACAAGAUGGUCAAGGAGGCCAUUGUGACGCAGGCCAAGAACUUUGUGGAUCGACCGUAUAGCUCUGUUUAUGCAAGGCUAUUCUCCGGACAAAGAAACGGUCUGUUCACUAGCAAUGGCGAACCUUGGAAGAGACAGCGGCAUUUCGCUUUGUCGACUAUGCGCAACUUUGGCGUUGGAAGGAACCUUAUGGAGCGAAACAUCUGUGAGGAAGCUCGACACCUGCUGGAGGAGAUUGAGAUGCUCAAUGGUGAAGCUAUGGAUCCAAGAGGGCUCUUCACCAAUGCUGUGUCCAACAUCAUCUGCCAGCUGGUGAUGGGAAGACGUUUUGAGUACAGCGACCACAACUUUGUUAUCAUGAUGCACAAUUGGACUGAAUUUGUUAAACUGGAGUUCUCCGUAUGGUUUGAUCUCUAUGAGACAUUCCCCCGGAUAAUGAAGCACCUGCCAGGUCCUCACAACAAAAUAUUUCACCAUUUCAACAACAUCUCUCAGUUCAUCAGUGAGGAAGUGAAGAGGCACAAACAGGACCUGGACCCCAGCAAUCCCAGGGACUACAUUGACUCUUUCCUGAUCGAAAUGAAGAAUGUGAGUGAAACGCCAUCAUGCAAAGAAAAAGCUACAAAACGUCAAAUGACCAUAUUUUCUUUUCAGGACACUGAAAACGAUCAUGGAUUUGACGAGAACAAUUUGGUUCUAUGUUCCAUGGAUCUCUUCAUGGCAGGGACAUUACCCACGGCCGCCACUCUGAAGCUGGGUUUGUUGUACCUCAUCCAAAACCCUGACGUCCAGGAGAAGGUCCAUGCAGAGAUCGACCAAGUGAUCGGACACGCUCGUCUACCUACGAUGGCGGACAGAGUCAACUUGUCCUACACAAACGCUGUCGUCCAUGAGAUCCACAGGAUGGCCAACAUUGUUCCGUUCAAUGUACCCAGAGUGGCCGCCAACGACACACAGCUAGGGGGCUACGACAUUCCAAAGGGUACGUAUGUGAUGAUGUUUCUGAUGUCUGUGCUGUUUGACGAGAAUGAAUGGGAAACACCACACAUUUUUAACCCCGGACACUUCCUUGAUGCUGAUGGAAAGUUCCGAAAGAAAGAAGCCUUCCUGCCUUUUGCUGCGGGGAAGCGUGCGUGUCUUGGAGAAUCAUUGGCCAAAAUGGAGAUUUUCCUGUUUUUGGUGGCUUUGCUUCAGAAGUUCUCUUUGUCCGCCUUCAAUGAAGAUGAGUCCGACUACAGGGUCCACUUCAAGGCACGCUAAUUCAUGCAAUGAAAUACAAAAUGAAACAAACGUUAAAAUGAUUUGACCUUUAAAGGUUUUUCAUCCACAGGAUAGGUAAAAAUAUUGCUGUAAUGCGCUCAUACAGUAUGGGGAGAAUACAUUUCCGGAAUUAAAGUUCAGGUAACUCAAAAACCAGGUCUGCAUAAAAACAGGGCUAUUAUUUCAAAGAAUAUGCAAAUUUGGUUUUUUUUUUUUCCCAUAUACAAUUAUCAUCAUCAUAUUGUUAACAAACUGUACUAUUGCAAUACAAUAGUAAAAAAAUGUUUUAUUAUACUUUAACUGUACAAUUUCUAUCAAUAGACAUGUUCACAAUUGUGAUCUUUUAAUGAGACUUUGUGAUUAUAUCAUUAGUUGAUGGACUGAUUAGUUGACUGAUUGAUUGUUCCUCAGUAACGACUGUAUUUUCUAGUACUUUAUUGUAAAGUAAGACCAAAUGCUGUCUUUGACUAAGGAUUUUCAUAGUUGAAUUUGAUUUGUUCGAUUUUGUCCAUAGUCGGCUAACAAGGCUAAAAUACACAAUAAAAUAAAGAAGUAAACAUGGUAGGUGUGCAACAACAGUACCUUUAUUCUUAUGUACAAUCUUCCACCUUUGGUGUUUUUCGUCUUAGGUGCUAUUUUAUCCCUCCGAAGUGUGGUGGUCUGCCAGGUCAAUAGCAUUGUCUGGUAGUCCUCACACUUGAGCGAUGGAUGCGUCAUGUUGGAUUGCAACCGUAUGUUUAUUAAUGUUGUUAUCAGAGUAAUUGACUAUAAUGUGUCUUGUGCGGAAGUGUGUUAUCGGGGUCGCCAUCCAUAUUUUCAGUUUACUUUGAGGCUUGUUUAAGCUUUGAGUUGGAAUGUGCCAUAACCAGUAAUAGACUCUUGCACUGUGGGAAUGACUCGUGUCCCAGUUGGGUCAUUUCAGGUCUUGCCAGGUCUUGCCAUCCUUUGGCUCUCAUUGAUGACCGCUUUAGUUAAUGUAUGGCGGGUUGGCUUUAUUAGCUAUCGUGAGGCAGCGAGUCCGCCAGAUUAUUUCCGCAUGGACUUUGUCUUGGAGGACAAAAAAAGCCAGCAUUGAUAUUGAUGAAUUGAAGUGACUCGGUUCGGUGCAUUUAAGGUGUGGCUCUGUAAAGCAAUGAAAAGGAGUCAGUGUUUUGCGAGUAUACUUAAAUGAAGAAUAAUGUACUUUCGCAAUAUGAGUUACAAUAGCCAUUAAUAAGAAUGUACACCUUACUGUUUUUCUUUAUCUUUCUUAUCUAGACCACACAUGCAGUACACACGUAACAAAGACGUUGCUGCGAUGUUACAUGUGCCCCUGAACGCACCUUGCUGUUUUGUGACAAAGUGGUCAUUGUCUCUUCCUGUCCGUUCCCCCUUUUCAUCCCCCGAACCCCGGAACACAUCUUUUUAUGCCAACACACGCACAAGCACCACACAUAACACCCCUAAGAGUCAUUACAUUACAUAUACUGUAUAGACAUACGUACGUUUGUAGCCCCCUCUGGUGUAAACGGAACGAUAUUACAACCACUUGGUUCUAUCCUGUGGACACAGGAUAGUAUGGCGGACCCCGUCGAUCAUAACUUAAAUCACCCCAAGACCAACUAGCCUGACGCCGCUACAUCUAUGACUAUUAUGCCAUUUGAAUUUACUUUGUCUAUACUUAUAUUGUGUCAUGUUACCCACUCAACGUCCAUUUAUCCCCCUCCCCGAAAUGGGUUUUGAGUUUUUGUUGCCCGGAUGGGGGUUCUUAUCAGUGGAUGUGGUCUAUUGUUGCCAGCUUGUUAAGCCCUUGGAGGCCCUUUUGUGAUUAGGGGCUACAUCCAUAAACUUGAAAUGAAAUACGACACCAUAUCUACAUUAACUGGCUACCUUGACAGUGCCUACACUUACAGUAUAUUUUUCCCACCAAAAAAUCAUUUUUAAUGGAAAUGAGAGGUCGCUCUAGUUGUGACAAACUUUGACAACAGUAAGUCAAGUUAGACAAAUAGUCUUUAUUCUUUCCACCAUGACACACCAAAAAAAAAAAAAAAAAAGCAUACAAUGACAAUCCUUAUUUUGGACCAAACAGCUGUCAAUCAUAUUUGAGAUAUUAGGUGGACAACAAAACCUGCGCAAACGCUUUAAUAAUAUUUGCAAAACUUAACACUAAUCGUCACUAAACCUUUUUAUGAACAAUAGUGUGUCCUCUACUUGUGACCUUUACUGGUCUUAAAAGACACUUGGAGGACUUUGUCUCCCAGUCUGUAACCGUUCAGAUUGUGGAUGGCCAUGGCGGCCUCCUCGUAGUUGGUCAUGGUGACGAAACCGAAGCCUUUGCACUUGUUAGUGUUGAAAUCCCGAAUCACCUUCACAUUCACAACAGCGCCAAAAGGCCCAAAGAGCUGCCAGAGGAUGGACUCGUCCACUUCUUGGCCGAGGUUGUAAAUGAAGACGCACCAACCUGACGAGCCCCCUGAAGCGCCACUCCCUCCACUCAUGUGGUCAACACUCAUCGGAGAGAAUCUGAGGCAACAAGCGGGAAGUAAAUGAGAAAACAUCUCUAAAACGUUUUACUUAUAAAAUGUACUCACCGGAACCUCUGCGUCUGGUGGUGCACGGGUCCUCCAAAACGUCGUGAUUGACCGUGGUACAUUUGCGACAUCAGCUGAGAGUUCCGCGCCUGGUUGGGAUUGGCGGCAAACUUGACCGUGAUGGGCUCAGAGGUGCCGGGCGGCGUUUGCCCGUUGAGAUGUUUGACUGCGUCCUCUGCCUCGGCCCUUUUGUCAAAUCUGAUGAAGGCUACGCCCCGUGACAAACCUACACAGCCGAGAGCGUAUUUCAGAAUAAGAAACUUGCAUGCCAGGAGGACCUGAAUGACUUAGUGAGUGCAUGAGUGAUCACCUGAGGCCUGGUCCACCAGCACUCGUGAAUUGAUGAUGUGUCCGUAGCGAGAAAACAUGUCUUCCAGGUCCUGUUGGCUCAAAUUGCGUGGCAGACCGCUAAUGUAGAGAUUAGCAUCUUUGAUGGUGUCCGAGCUCGGACGUGCAUAUGACACCUGCAAGUAGACCACCACUUUAACAUCUUGAUGACCAAACAACAAAUGUCAACAGUUCAAUAAAAUAGUUGCAAUUAAAUACGUUUACAGUUUCAAAAACAAAAAAUACAUAUAACCCGUUUAGGUCAGAUGAUAGUGUCAAAAUAAAAAUAAAAGAUUUAGCACAUUACAUCAAAACAAAAGUGUCAAUCACUUUGGUAAAAAAAAAAAAAAAAAACAGUUUAUAAAAUAAAAGUAUCAUUUAAAAAAAGAAAAAAGCAAAAACACAGUUUAAACAAGUUGUUGGGUUUAAAAAAAAAAAAAAAAAACAAACAAACAGUGUUGAAACUACCUUGCAGAUGCAGAAACAUCACCGCCACUGAGCGGGAGAACAUUGCAUGUGAAAAUCAAAGAGCACCUGUGGAACUUUACCUUGAUAGUUUUAGACUGUAGCCUCAGGCCGUUGAGGGAACUGAUUGCCCUCUCGGCAUCACUAGCGUUAACAAAGUUAACAAAGCCGUAACCUAAACUGUUGCCUAGAGAAACACAAAGCAAAACAACAAAACAAAACCAGAAAAAAAUUACAGGAGGUCAGAAGUCAAACUCAACAAAAGUGUACAUUGGUGGAAGUGGACAUGAAAGCUUCCGGUUGGUUGAGACGAGGUGACCUGGCGAGACACUUCCACAGUGACAUUAUAAAAGAAAGCUUUACCACAAGAGCGUUCACUCUGAGGAAACAUUCAAACAAAACGUCAUUAUUUCACAUCCAAUAAAAACAUCUACAAUCUAGUACGCUAGUUUAAAAGACCAUUUCACCGUGUUGGUUGCUGUGUUGGGCGAGGGGGUCACUCAGACAUUCAAAUACAUCUUAAAAAAAAUAAAAUAAAAAUUACAGUGUGCUCAGUGCAAAAUCAGCAUAAAAAAGUGUGAACUAGCCCUUUAAUCCUAACAUUAGUACUCGUUAACAGGAUGAAAUUAAUAACUCCUGAGGGCGUAAAACAACUUACAACAAGAGUGCACAAAAAAAUGACAAGAGCAAAAUUGUUGGCGAAAUCAAAAUUAUUGAGAAAUAAAAAUGGUUGUAGAUACUUGUGUAUGCAAAUGUAUAUGACAUAGCAUAGUGAUGCAUUUAUUUCCUGUCCAUAAGAAAACUAAACAAACAAAAAAAACACACAGUCCAGAACGGUUGGAGCUCUUCAAAAACAACAACAAAAAAUAAAAACAUUUGAAAAAAUAUAUAUAAUUUCAUGGAGUGAUCACUGUCCAGACUAGGCAUGGGCCGGUAUGUAAUUAUGAUAACGUUGGGCAUAAAUAUCACGGUAUUAUGAUUACAGCUCUAAAAUAUGUCAUUUUAGAGCUUGAUUGAACAGAACAGCAAAACGUCAAAUCAAAACAGUCAUUUUUUAAAGCAAAUAAUAGAACACGAUGGAAGUGGAACAUGUGUUUUUAAAAAGAAAAAAAGGAGUGGUGUGGAAGAAGUGCUUGCCCCCUUUUAUGUGCAUGUUUGCCACACUUAAAUGUUCCGCAUCAAACACAUUUUUAUAUUAGUCAGUGACAACAAACAACUGAUCACUGAAUGCAGAUUUGAAAUGAAACUUACAAAAAGGGGAGAACAUUUUUCAAGCCUACAUGAAUACUGGUCUGACGAGACAAACUGUGUGCCAUUACAUCUAGCAUAAAAAGGGAUGCUGCAUUUCACUUUCAGAUAAAGAACAUCAUACCGACGGUAAAGUAUGGUGGUGGUAGUGUAAUGGUCUGGGGCUGUUUUUGCUGCUUCGGGAACUGGGAAAAAAAAGGGGGGGCUGAAUGACAAUUUUUUCUCUCUCCCUUAAUAAGAAAGCUUCAUUGAAAAACUGAAUUGUGUUCAGUUGUGUUGUCAGUGACUAAUAUUUAAAUUUAGUUAAUGAUCUGAAAUGUGACAACCAUGCAAAAAAAAAGAAUGUAAAAAUCUGAAAGGGGGCAAACACUUUCACACUACCGUAAAUAGAAUUCAGUUUUCAAUGCAGCACACGGUGGCUAAUCCUGCGACUCAAGUCAUAACACAAUAAAUACUUUAUGUUCUUAUUUUAAAAAAAGUAAAUAAUGCAAAUGAAUGCCACCGAGUAGCUCAAGGUGGUCACAACAAAAAAUGUAAAAACGACAGCGACAUAGCACAACGAUGCCAGUGCCGCUCAAUGCUAAUGAGGCAGCUACUGCCGGUGCCAUCUAUGCCCUAUUUGUGGCAGACCCGUACAAGACUGUGGCUUCAACACAUUGGCGCACAGUUUCGACUGCAAUGAAACACGGGACUUGACAAGGGAUUUCCACAUUUUGGCUGCGUUGGACCUCGACUGUCUCUCUUAGUGCAGGAAUGGCAUGAGGGACAAAUGUAGUGGUUUUGAAACCAUGGCUUUUCCCUACACUUGGAUGCCUUGGAAGCAGGAACUGGCCCAUGCCUAACCCAGAUGUCUUAUUGUGAUUAUUCAACACUUAUUAAAAUUAAGACAUCACCACCAACAUGUUAAAAAUCACUGAGGCUUGUUUUCAACUAGCGUACUUACACUUAGCACUGCGAAGGCACUCGUAAAUACUCCGAUGUUACACUCAACUCGGCCCAAAUUGCGAAUGUACCUAACCAUGGUCAAACGACAGAGGGACCAAUGCCAGUGGUUGUAAUUAACCAUUAUGGAUAAGUAUUGUGAUCAUCAAAUGUACAAUGACAGUAAUAGUUUUGGGACAGCUCUACGCUCUAAAGCACAUCAAUG